AUGUUGCUGUCCCAAGUCGCCUUGAAGUGGGUGGCACUGAAGGCUUUGACCGGCCUCUCGCUUCUACCUCUCAUGGCUCUGCUUAUAGUAUACAGUGAGAUCGAGGCUCCAUCGUUCAACCGGAAAAACUUCGAUCCCGAGUAUGACUACAUAAUAGUGGGAGGUGGAUCCGCCGGGGCGGUAGUCGCGUCCAGACUAUCAGAAGAUCCGACAGUCAAAGUGCUUCUGUUGGAAGCGGGAGGAGCUCAAUCGGCGCUGCACGAUGUCCCGCUCCUAGCCGCGGAAUUCCAGAAGACGCGGGUUGAUUGGCAGUACAAAACUGUUCCGCAGGAUGUCGCUUGUUUCGGUCUGGACAACAGGCAAAGUCAAUGGCCACGCGGAAAAGUUCUUGGUGGCUCGAGUGUGCUCAACUAUAUGCUCUACGUUCGCGGUAAUAGGAAGGACUAUGAUUUCUGGGACACAGGCAUGGGCUGCGUCGGAUGGAGCUGGAGAGAAGUUUUCCCGUACUUCCUGAAGUCAGAAAACAACAGAGAUCCGGACAUCCUACGAAAUGGGUAUCAUGUCAGCGGAGGUCCCUUGACCAUAGAGAGAGCCCCGUUCCGAUCGCCGUUGGGCGAGGCAUUCGUGGCGGCAGGAGAAACUUUGGGUUAUCCGAGGGGCGACUACAAUGGUCACAUCCAGACUCGCUUCGAUAUUCCGCAGGGCACAGUCGAAGAUGGGAAGCGAGUCAGCACAGCAAAGGCAUUUCUGUAUAAAGCUCGCAAGCGGCCAAAUCUUCAUAUACUCACUAACGCUAAAGUACUCAAGCUGGUGUUGGAAGGCAAGCGCUGUGUCGGCGUCGUGUUCCGUUUCCGUGGAUUCCCGCACGUCGUUCACGCUUUGCAGGAGGUGAUUCUGUCGGCGGGUGCCAUCAAUUCUCCCCAGAUCCUCAUGCUGUCCGGUAUAGGACCAUCCCAACACUUGCAAUCGCUCGGGAUUCCUGUGGUAGCAGAUCUCCCGGUCGGGCGCAAUCUUCACGACCACAUAGGAGCUGCCGGUCUGAGUUUCCACAUCAAUCAGACGUUCUCUGUCGUCAGGAAGCGCGUGGACAUCGACAAAGUGAUUCAAUACGUUUUCAAGAAACGGGGUCCCUUGACGCUUCUGGGCGGAGUGGAAGGCGUCGGCUUUUUGAAGACAAAGUAUAACAACGAUAGCGGAGAUUGGCCCGAUGCCGAGAUCCAUUUCGUGUCGUCGUCGCCAGCGGGCGACGGGGGCGCAACGAUCAAGAAAGUCAUGGGUAUCUCCGACGAGUUUUUCGAUCGAGUCUACCGACCGCAUCUCCACCAGGACUCGUUCACUCUGUACCCCGUGCUGCUCCGACCUCAGUCACGAGGCUACGUCAAGCUUUUCUCGCCUGAUCCAGAUGAUCCUCCCUUGAUCAAUCCGAGAUAUCUCACAAAGAACCGAGACGUUCUCACUCUCGUUGAAGCCAUGAAGCAAUGCUUCGCCAUCGGUAUUUCGGAGCCUUUCCGGAAGUUCAAUGCACAGCCAUUCAACAUGGUGUUCCCCGGGUGUGAGAUAUAUCCGGUGCAUUCGGAUGAAUACCUCGCGUGCAUGGCCCGUACCUACACAGCCACUAUCUACCACCCGGUCGGUACUUGCAAGAUGGGAGAUCCGGCUGACCCCAGCACUGUGGUGGACACCCAGCUCCGAGUCAAGGGGAUCUCGGGACUCCGCGUUGUAGAUGCUUCCAUCAUCCCGAAAAUCCCCUCCGGCAACACGAACGCUCCCGUGAUCAUGGUAGCAGAACGUGCGGCUGAUCUGAUCAAGGGUAUCCGGAGCGCUCAUCUUCCUGACGGCUCGAUUCUGUAUGUCCCUUCCGAUUUGGCGAACUCCUUGUUUCAGGAUAAUUCCCUCUUAUAG